GCCAUGCUGAAGCCUGGAGAAGCUGGAGGAUCUGCCUUCCUCAAGGUGGACCCAGUAUACCUACAGCACUGGCAGCAACUGUUCCCCCAGGGCCAUGUGAAGAGUACAGUCCUCAGCCAUGUACCCCAUCCUGAGAGGCCUGAUCUCGCCACAGACAGCCUCCGACUGCGGCCAGCCUCCCUCUCCUCCACCUCAUCCUCCAGCUCCUCCACCCCGUCUUCUGCACCCCCUGCCCAUGCCUCUCUGGCCGGGAUCACCGCAAUACCCCCUAUUAUUGGAGCCCUUCCUGUCACUGAGAUCGCAGCACCCCAAAGAAAGGAGUUAGGGGGCCACAAGUUCACCGAGGGGUCACCCAGCCACUUCCAGUGCAGCCCUGAGGAGUUGGACUACUAUCUGUAUGGACAGCAAAGGAUGGAGAUCAUCCCUCUCAGCAACCCCACCAGUGACCCCAAUAACCGGUGUGACAUGUGUGCUGAUAACCGUAAUGGAGAAUGUCCCAUGCAUGGACCACUCCACUCCUUGCGCCGCCUAGUUGGCACCAGUAGCACUGCAUCAGUGGCUCCUCCACCAGAGAUACCAGAAUGGUUGCGUGACCUUCCACGAGAGGUGUGUCUAUGCACCAGCACUGUUCCAGGUCUAGCUUACGGCAUCUGCGCAGCUCAAAGAAUCCAACAAGGCACAUGGAUUGGGCCGUUCCAAGGGGCCCUUGUGUCACCUGAUCAAGUGCAGGCAGGAGCCAUCCGAAACACACAACACCUCUGGGAAAUAUAUGACCAAGAUGGGACAUUGCAGCAUUUUAUAGAUGGAGGAGAACCCAGUAAGUCAAGCUGGAUGAGGUACGUCCGAUGUGCCAGACACUGCGGAGAACAGAAUCUGACUGUUGUUCAGUACAGGUCAAGUAUCUUCUAUAGAGCUUGUGUUGAUAUCCCCAGAGGCACGGAACUGCUGGUGUGGUACAAUGACAGCUACACAUCUUUCUUUGGGAUUCCAUUACAAUGCAUUGCCCAGGAUGAAAACUUGAACGUUCCGACGCCAGUAAUUGAAGCUAUGUCCAGACAAGACACAUUACAGUCAUUCAACAAAAAUGGCAAGUUGUCCUCUUCGUCAUUACAAAGGUCCAUAGUUUUCCCACAGACUCCAUGCAACAGAAAUUAUUCUCUUCUGGAUAAGUCUGGGCCGCUGGACACCGGGUUUAAUCAAAUGAAUGUAAAAAACCAAAGAGUGCUUGCCAGUCCGACCUCAACGAGCCAGCUUAACUCAGAAUUCAGUGACUGGCAUCUUUGGAAAUGUGGACAAUGCUUUAAAACUUUCACACAACGGAUCCUCCUACAGAUGCAUGUGUGCACCCAAAAUCCAGACAGGCCUUACCAGUGUGGACACUGUUCUCAGUCCUUCUCCCAGCCAUCAGAAUUAAGGAACCACGUUGUCACCCACUCCAGCGAUAGACCCUUCAAAUGUGGCUAUUGUGGCAGGGCCUUUGCUGGUGCGACCACAUUAAACAACCACAUCCGGACGCACACAGGGGAAAAACCAUUUAAGUGUGAAAGGUGUGAGAGGAGCUUCACUCAAGCCACCCAGCUGAGUCGACAUCAGAGAAUGCCCAACGAGUGCAAGCCGAUAACAGAGAAUACAGAAUCAAUUGAAGUGGAUUAACUGAUUGACUGGUCGGAAUUAAACUGCAAGGAAAGUCAUGAUUAAAUGUCACGGACACUUAAGCAAAACCAAAGAUUUCCUCUGAACAACUUUCAAUCAGUCCCAGAAAACCGAAAGCAGUAAUAAAAUAACUAAGAUGUUAAGGGAUAUUGAUCUUGGCGUGGAAGCAAGACCAUGAAAGACAUUAUUUAUUUAUGAGUGGGGGUGAAACAUAUUUCAAAAGACAAGGGGACUUAACCUUUUCUGUCCCAACAUAUAUAUAUAUAUAUCUAUAUAACUUUAUUUGUAAGUACGUUUUUUUAAAAACAAACAAUUAAAUAUUUGUUAUUUAAUACCAAAGCAAAGGUUCUGUCGAGUUCUCCUGCCUCUGCCAACAUAUAUGACUCUAAAUCCAAAUGGACUUGCUUAGGCUUGCACUGUUUUGCAGCAUGAGAUCUACCUUCUGAACGGCGGGAGCAGCACAAUACCCCUAACAUGAUGUUGGUACCCCUGACCUAUUGGUCUUUGAAGAACCAGAGAAACUACUUAUUCUAGUUUUGUUUUGUAUUGACAAGGUGGCGGUACAUCUUUAUGUCAGGAUGAUGCCAGGACAAGAGCUAUGUCUGAGCCAUUUGCUAUCGAUCUCAGACCAAGGCGGACUUUUCCAUUCCAUCAUCUACUGAAACUAGUUACGAACCAUACUUUGUGCACUUUUCAUGUAAACUAUUUCAUAGACAUUGUUUAUGACGGUAUGAGGGAUAGUUUGGGAAGUAAACAUGUUGCAAUAUGCCAAAUAAAUAAAUAUAUAUGUAUACAAAA